AUGGCUAUCAACGAAACCUGGCUCAGGGAGGGGGAGAUAGACCGCGCGCCCGUCAUACCCGGCUACAGAUUGCGCCACACGCCGAGACCCCCAGCGUUAGUGAAGCUAUACAGAGACUUUACAAAUCAGAGACCUAUGCAGAUACUCGAUCGAAAAUGGCGCUGGAUAGGUCAUUCGUUGCGGCAGGAGGAUUCUCGCCUCACAAAGCAGGCCCUAGUUUUUGCCCCGCAAGGAAAAAGAAGGAUAGGGCGCCCAAGAAUAUCUUGGAUAAGGACAUUAGCUCAGGAGAUCAAGUCGAUCAACAUGAGCUGGCCAGAAGUUGUGGCUGCUGCAUCUGAUCGUCAGAAGGGGAAAUCUGUAGUUCGGCCCUAUGCUCCACUAGGAGUUCAAGGGCUUAAGAAGAAGAAGAAGAAGCUAUACAGCGUAUAA